AUGAAAGAAUCAUAUUGGAAAUCUAAAUUCAAUAGCUUUGAAGUUAUUACAAAUUGGGAAAGAUACAUUAAUUCUAACAAAACAAAACACAAGCUAAAUGAAUAUCGUCUUGUAAAAAUUAAUACAAAACUCUAUCUAGAAGUUAAAACACAAAAACCAGAUAUCACAUUUCUUACUGAUUUAAAAAACUUCAAAUCUUUAAAAGAAUACACUUGGCGAUCUUUGAAACCAACAAGAACAAACACAAAUUACAUUGCAACAUAUUAUACAAAUAAUAGUAAAAUAACAACUUUAUAUUUUCAUUGUUUAAUCACAAAUUUUAAAAUAGUUGAUCACAUUUCACGAAAUGGUUUAGACAAUCGAGAAGUAAAUUUAAGAGAUGGAUUAAAAAGUAUUAAUCAACUAAAUUGUAAAUUAUUCAAAACUAAUACAUCAGGGUAUAAUGGAAUUUCAUUUCGUAAAAAAAGUAAAAUUUGGUCAUUUACUUGGUUUGAAAAUAAAAAACCUAAA